AUGCGCGUCGUAUGCAUUGGUGCAAGGUUUGGCGGUCUGAUGAUAGCUCACAAGGUCCAACACGAACUAAAGUUCGAGGACGAGAUCGACUUGACCAUUUAUGACAGGAACGCGGAUAUUGGCGGAACCUGGUUCGAAAACACGUAUCCUGGUGCUGCAUGCGAUGUUCCUUCCCGUAACCCAGACUGGUCCAAGUUCUACGUGGACCAGAAGGAGAUUCAAGCCUUUAUAAAGCGUACUGCGGAGAAGUACGACCUGGACAAGCAUGUCCAAUUGAACACAACUAUCCGGGAGACUAUAUGGGAUGAGGGAUCUGCCAAAUGGAAGAUCAAGCUCGAGCAGACCGGAGAGCUGAAAGAGGACGAGGCCGAUUUCCCUAUCAACGCCUCAGGUUUUCUCAACAAAUGGGAGUGGCCAGAUAUCAAGGGGCUGCACGACUUCAAAGGCAAGCUUUUGCAUAGCGCGCGAUGGGACAACUCUUACCAAUGGGAAGGGAAGAAGGUGGCAGUGAUAGGUAAUGGAGCUUCCGGAAUCCACCUUGUCGCAACGAUGCAACCCAAAGUCGAGAAGCUGGUCAACUACAUGCGGCAACCAACCUGGAUCUCGGUCAACUUCCUAGGAGACAAGACCCCAGAAGGCGUCAACUUUACAUACUCGGAGGAACAGAAGAGAACUUGGCGAGAAGACCCAAACGCCCAUUACCUGUACAGGAAGGAUCUGGAGAAAUCCCUGAAUGGCUUCUUUUUCGCCAUGUGUCUCGAUCACCCCGCGCAGGCCAUCUUUCAGGGCCACUGCAAAGACCGUAUGCACGCGUCAUUAGUUAAUGCACCAGACCUCGAGAAGCGAAUUUUCCCGAGCUUCAAAGCGGGAUGUCGCCGUAUCACUCCAGGAGAUGGUUACCUCGAAGCCCUUCAGGAACCAAACUGCCACGGCUCCUGGGACCCCAUUGAACGCAUCACAGAGAAGGGCAUCAAGACAGUUGCUGGUGAGGAGGAGUUCGACUUGAUCGUCUGCGCCACGGGCUUUGGUAGCUCUAGGCUACCGCAGUGGAAGUUGGUUGGCCGCGACGGCGCGACCCUGGAGGAGAUGUGGAAGGAUGACCCAGAAGCCUUCUUUGCAACCCAGGUCGAGAACCUUCCCAACUACGGCAUGAUCAAUGGACCGAAUCCCGCCGUCUCGCAUGGCUCGGUUCUCCAACAGAUGUCCUGGGCUGGUGACUAUCUACUCCGCUGGAUCAUGAGGAUGAGCCGCCAUGAUAUCAAGACUCUUUCUGUCAAGAAGGAGGCCGUUGAGGAUUACAACCAGUACGCACAAGAGUUCCUCAAGCUCACUGUGUGGUCGGGCGAGUGCCGCACGUCAUACAAAAAUGGUCGCAGUGUAGGAAAGGUGACGGGUCUGUAUCCUGGUUCACUGGUGCACUAUCAGAGAGCCCUCGAGGAGAUCGGCGGAGAGCAUUUUGAUAUCACUUGGCGGUCCAGGAACCGUUUCCGAUGUCUCAGCAAAGGGACAGCUGAGACUGAUAAAGAUGGUGUUGGGGAUCUUACACCGUAUUUCAGCAAGUACUCGCCAGUCUCGAAGUAG